AUGGCGAUCGAGGACGAGCGUUACCGGCAGUCGAGCCAGUAUCGACUCUGGUCCUUCACGCCGUCCCACCUCCAGACGCUUCGCGACAAGACCAACACCCUCGCCCGAACCAACAUCUCCGACCGCCUGCGCUCCUCGGCACCGCCGGUCGAUCCCUUGCCCGAGUUCUUGACGCCUGCAGAAGAGUCCCAGCUCCUCACCUUCUACACCGUCGAACUGCUGCGUGCGGCUGCGUUCUGCCAACUCCCGACCGACAUCCAAGCCACCGCUGCUGUCUUCCUGCGUCGCUUCUACAUCACCAACAGCAUCAUGACCUACCCGCCGACCGAACUACUCAAGACGUGUCUGUUCUUUGGAUGCAAAGCGGAGGGAUACUACAUGCGACUGUCCAAGUUCGCUGAGAAGUUCCCCAAUACGACGGGCGAGGAGGUGCUCGCGGCCGAGUACGUGUUGUGCCAAGGCAUACGGUUCGCGUUCGACGUGCGCCAUCCAUUCCGAGCUCUCGAAGGCGCCGUAAUGGUGCUGAGAAGGGCGGGCGACUACGACGACGACCGGAUAAACAAGGCGCACAAGCGAACACGAGAUAUACUGAAGUUCAGCCCUCUGGUUACGGAUGCGUACUACCACUACACCCCGAGUCAGAUCAUGUUGGCCGCGCUGGCCAUGGCUGAUGAAGGACUGGUACACCGAAUGCUACAGGACGCUUUUGCCGCGCAGGGUGAAGGGCCCAAAGAAAAGAUAUGGGCUGUGAUACAGAACUGCAGGGAGUUGCUCGAGAAAGAGCCUCCCGAGAGGAUGACGAGUUUCUGGGGCACGCCCGACAGUAACAGAACGAUCAAGCCUCUAAACAAGAAACUUAAGAAGUGUCGAGAUCCCGACCGGGUGGACCUCAUAUCUCUACAGAAGGCGAGGCGGGAACAAGGACUCCAGAAGCCGAAGCCCAAGGUAGGAUUACAGGACGAUGGUGAUGUCUUUGGGAAGAGCCUUGAUCAAGAGAGGGAGUCUAAGAGGCGCAAAGUCGCCGCGGGAGGAGACGACGUCUUCGGACCCCCGCUGUGA